CCUUCCAAAACUCCACACCAACCCUCUACCAACUCUCUGCACUCUCCUGCGACAACACCUUCCCCUCUUUCUCACCGUGACAACACCGGCCAACACUCCCCUGCGACAACACCCUCCGUGACAACACCGGCCAAGACUCCUUCCGUCUCACCCUCCCCUCAUCUCACACUCCCCUCUUUUUUUUUGUGUUUCGAAUGGAGAGCUACAGUGCUAGGGCGAAAGGAGGUCAUCCAUGGACACCAUUUGCAACCCUCUUCAAUGGAGUUGAGCUAUAGAUUGUCCACAGACUCCCCCCAUCCGAAGAAUGUGGAGCGAUGGUUGCAUCCUUUGUAGAGCACCUGUUAAUGGGAAAGCCCUUGGUUCCAAAGUGUGAAUAUGCAAACAUGUGGAACAAGAGAUGUCAAUACAUUGUUCGUUUGUGGUGAUUGAAGAGUGUGGAGGAAACAUAUGAAUUCCUUAGAAAUGUGGAAC